AUGGAGUCUGUUGAUCAACUUGGUUGUGUUCCUCUCCUCCACGAUUAUCAAAAUGGAGUUGAGGACCGUUUAGGUUACAAAAGACUAGCAGCAAAAGUGCCAUGCCAGCAAUGCCACGUUUUACAGGUGACCACAUGGCAUUCACUCGAGCUAUGGGCUAAACGGCAGGGUCUAUUGGCUUACCGUUUUGGAGCUUUGAAAUGCAUUGCUCCCACUUGGCUAAUUCCGAUUUCUGGAUGGGUCCACAUUUCAGAUACAACUCCAGAAACAGUCAAAUGGCUCCAAAUUCAUAGUUUCUUGAAUCGAGGAAGAGGAAUUAUCACAACUAGUUGCAUUCCGGUGCCCUAA